AUAAAGUUAUAGACAAAGAUGCAUUCGCAUUUGUUUUAAACGAAAUUUAAAUAUUGGAAAUCGAUAGUUGCCGCUGCAGUGACCCUUUCAGUCAGCUGGGGUAGGUGGGGUUAUAUUACAGGAAGCCAAGAUGGCUGACUUUGAGGAGCCGCUGUCAGAUGAAGAGAAGGUCCGCAUAGCGGCCAACUUUGUGACUCAUGCUCCACCUGGAGAGUUCAAUGAGGUCUUCAAUGAUGUUCGGCUUCUUCUCAAUAAUGACAACCUCCUCAGAGAGGGGGCGUCACAGUCAUUUGCCCAGUACAACAUGGAUCAGUUUACUCCUGCCAAAAUCGAGGGAUAUGAAGAACCGGUCCUGAUCACAGAGCAUGGUGACUUGGGUCAGGGACGAUUCUUGGAUCCUCGUAACCGUUUAUCGUUUCGCUUCGAUCACUUGAGGAAAGAGGUCAGCGACGUUCAGCCGUACGACGGAGAGGGGGCUCUGAGAAGCUGGAGGGAUGCUUGUGAUACUGCUCUUAGUGUCUACGUCAAAGAGCACUACCUUUCAGGAUUCUCCACGGUUUAUGAGAAAACAGUUGAUGGUCAGCAGACGAUUAUAGCCUGCAUCGAGGGACAUCAGUUUCAACCCAAAAACUUCUGGAAUGGUCGCUGCAGGUCAGAGUGGAAGAUGACUCUGGGUCAGUCCACAGCUCAUGUGGUUGGAGUUUUGAAAAUUCAGGUGCAUUAUUAUGAAGAUGGGAACGUCCAGCUGGUCAGCCAUAAGGAGGUUGAAAACUCAGUACCCGUGACUAGUGAAAGCCAAACUGCGAAGGAAUUUAUUGACCUAAUUAGGUCUGCAGAAAACGAAUACCAGACUGCAAUCAUUGAAAACUACCACACCAUGUCUGACACGACAUUCAAGGCCCUGCGUCGCCAGCUGCCUGUCACACGCACCAAGAUCGACUGGAAUAAGAUCUUAAGCUACAAGAUUGGGAAGGAAAUGCAGAAUGUCUAGAAGAGGGUCAGGUAAUGACCAGGAUGAUGCACACUCCUGUGGGCCCACAACCCAUCUAUAUAUGCGCAAGGACUAACCAAAGCAUAACUAUAUUAAUGCGGGGGAAGGAAGUAAAAUAAAAAUGUAACUCAAUGUUUGCAGACAGUUGGGCACAAAUAUGUCUGUUAUAAGGAAGGUGUUUGUAUUACAAAAACAAUGAUCAUGGUUUGGAGAAUGGUGUUACUUCUAUUUUAAAUCUGUGUUCGGACAGUGCAGGGCUGUGCUCAGGACUGCGUUGUG